AGAAGCGAGAGCACCAUGCGCCCCUACCUGCCGCCUCCGCGGGCGCUGCUGCUGCUGCUGCUGUUGCUGGCUGGCGCCGCGCACACGGUUGGAACCCUGCCCCACCUGUGCGAUGUGCUACACAUGAUGCAGGAGGAGCAGACGCAGUGCCUGCAGGAGCUCUCCAGAGAGAGGAAGGAGGUGAGCGUGGAGCUGCCAGUGCCAGGCUGUGAGGGGCUGUGGGACAACAUGAGCUGCUGGCCCUCGUCUGCACCAGGACAGACUGUGGAAGUGGAGUGCCCCAGGUUCUUCCAGAUGCUCACAGACAGAAAUGGGUCCCUGUUCCGAAACUGCACCCAGGAAGGCUGGUCAGAAACCUUCCCCAGGCCUGACCUGGCCUGUGGGGUCAAUGUGAAUGACUCUUCCAAUGACAAGUGGCAUGAGUAUCUGCUAAAGUUGAAGGUCAUGUACACGGUGGGCUACAGUUCCUCCCUGGUGAUGCUCCUGGCCGCCCUCAGCAUCCUGUGUGCUUUCCGCAGGAGGCUGCACUGCACCCGCAACUACAUCCACAUGCACCUGUUCGUGUCCUUCAUCCUGCGGGCCCUGUCCAUCUUCAUCAAGGAUGCUGUGCUCUUCUCCUCGGAUGACAUCACCUACUGCGAUGCCCACCGGGUGGGCUGUAAACUGGUCAUGAUCUUCUUCCAGUACUGCAUCAUGGCCAACUACGCCUGGUUGCUGGUGGAAGGCCUCUACCUUCACACUCUCCUCGCCAUCUCCUUCUUCUCAGAAAAGAAGUGCCUGCAAGGAUUUGUCGCCCUCGGAUGGGGUUCUCCAGCCAUUUUUGUUGCAUUAUGGGCUACCACCAGGUACUUUCUGGAAGACGUUGGGUGCUGGGACAUCAAUGCCAACGCUACCAUCUGGUGGGUCAUUCGAGGCCCUGUGAUCCUCUCCAUCCUGAUCAAUUUCAUCUUCUUUAUAAGUAUUCUAAGAAUCUUAAUGAGAAAACUUAGAACCCAAGAAACAAGAGGAAAUGAAAUGAACCAGUACAAGCGGCUGGCCAAGUCCACACUGCUGCUCAUCCCCCUGUUUGGCAUCCACUACAUCGUCUUCGCCUUCUCCCCCGAGGAUGCUAUGGAGGUCCAGCUGUUCUUUGAACUGGCCCUGGGCUCCUUCCAGGGGCUGGUCGUGGCCAUCCUCUACUGCUUCCUCAACAGUGAGGUGCAGCUGGAAGUUCAGAAGAAGUGGCAACAGUGGCACCUGCAAGAGUUCCCGCUGCGCCCUGUGGCCCUCAGCUCCUCCUUCAGCAAUGGCACCAGCGGCCCCAUCCAAGGCACCAAGGGUCAAAGCACCUGCCAGGCCAGUGUCAUCUGAGGCUGCAGCAGGAGUGCCCAGGGUCAGAGGUCAAGCCAGGAGCUGAGAGGGCCAGGCAUGAUGCAGGACAGGCAUCUUCCCAGCAGCCACCCUGUGCUCUCCAGUGCCGAUGCACCCGUUCCCCCCCCCCGCCCCCCAUGCAUGGGACUCCUCAGAAGCAAGCAGAAGGAACUCGGGGAGGAUAAGGGCCUAGGACUUGGGUCUAUAGUGCUCUUCCAGGAAGGAGCUCCAUGGUGGGCCGAAGAAUAAAUGGUGCCUGGGAAGGGAUUUGGUCUGUCUUUGCCAAGUCUUUUUGCUCUGGAACACAAGAGGCAUAAAAAUACUUUGGAUCACUUCCUAUAGGAGAAGGGGGCCACCCAGGGCCCCCAACUCACAUUUCAGACACCAUGAAAAUCCAAGGCCCUAGGCAGAUCCCAUCUGUCAGCCCUAUAAUUCGCUUGUGUAGUA